AUGGGAUGCUGGAAGAUGAGGGAUGACUUCCAGCCACUGGAAUUAUGGAAAUUCCCACCCUCCCUACAAAUUGAGUGCUUUACCACCAGGGGGCUCAGCCAGGCCGAGCUGAUGAUGAUGACGAUCGCCGACGUCAUCCAGCAGCUCAUCGAGGCCCACGAGCAGGGAAAAGAGGUGGAUCUCAACAAGCUGAAGACCAGGACGUCGGCCAAGUACGGGCUGUCGGCGCAGCCGCGCCUGGUCGAGAUCAUCGCCGCCGUCCCGCCCCAGUACCGCAGGGUCCUCGUGCCCAAGCUGAAGGCCAAGCCUAUCAGAACUCUCUCCUUUCCCUUUGGCAGAUACUGCCCAGGUGGACCUGACUCGGAUUUUGAAUAUUCCACACAGUCUUACACUGGAUAUGAGCCCACAUCCAUGAGGGCCAUCCGGGCUCGCUACGAUCCCUAUCUCCAGACACGGCACAGAGUGGAACAGCUGAAGCAGUUGGGCCACAGCGUGGAUAAAGUGGAGUUUAUUGUGAUGGGUGGAACCUUCAUGGCUUUGCCUGAGGAAUACAGAGAUUAUUUCAUCAGAAACCUGCACGACGCCCUGUCGGGUCACACUUCCAACAACGUGGCGGAGGCUGUCAGGUAUUCUGAGCGCAGCCUGACCAAGUGCGUGGGGAUAACGAUCGAGACGAGGCCGGAUUACUGCCUGAAGAGGCACCUCAGCGACAUGUUGUCCUACGGCUGCACGAGGCUGGAGAUCGGGGUGCAGAGCGUCUACGAGGACGUGGCCCGGGACACCAACAGAGGCCACACGGUGAAGGCUGUGUGUGAAUCCUUCCACCUGGCCAAGGAUGCUGGAUUUAAGGUGGUGGCCCACAUGAUGCCUGACCUCCCAAACAUGGGCCUGGAGAGGGACAUGGACCAGUUUGUUGAGUUUUUCGAGAAUCCCGCUUUUCGCCCCGACGGGAUGAAGCUCUACCCGACCCUGGUGAUCCGUGGCACCGGCCUGUACGAGCUCUGGAAAACUGGGAGAUACAAGAGCUACCCCCCCAGCACCCUGGUGGAUCUGGUGGCCCGAAUCCUGGCCCUUGUCCCCCCUUGGACUCGCGUGUACCGUGUCCAGAGGGAUAUCCCCAUGCCACUGGUGAGCUCUGGGGUGGAGCACGGCAACCUGAGGGAACUCGCCUUGGCCAGGAUGAAGGAUCUUGGGACACAGUGCCGCGACGUGAGGACGAGAGAGGUGGGAAUUCAGGAAAUCCACCACAAAGUGAGACCUUACCAGAUUGAGCUGAUCCGAAGGGAUUACGUGGCCAACGGGGGCUGGGAGACCUUCCUGUCCUACGAAGACCCGGAGCAGGACAUCCUGGUCGGGCUCCUGCGCCUUCGGAAGUGCUCCGAGGAAUCCUUCCGGCCGGAGCUGAAGGGAGGCGUCUCCAUCGUCCGGGAAUUGCACGUCUAUGGGAGCGUGGUCCCCGUCAGCAGCCGGGAUCCCUCCAAAUUCCAGCACCAGGGAUUUGGGAUGUUGCUGAUGGAGGAGGCGGAGAGAAUCGCCAAGGAGGAGCACGGGUCAUGGAAAAUUGCUGUGAUUUCAGGUGUCGGCACGAGGAAUUACUACAGGAAGAUCGGCUACGAGCUGGAAGGGCCCUACAUGGUGAAAAGGUUGGAAUGAUGCUCCGGCGGAUCCGGGAGGAGGAGCGGGAGACGAUGCCUAUCCCGGGAAUCAGCCCCGAGUCAAGCCGCCAAUGCCAAGGAUUUGCUUCCAGCAAUAGGAUGGGAUUGGACUUGGAGAUCCUGGUGGGUCCCUUCCAGCUCCGGAUAUUCCCUGAUUCCAUGGAUUCCAUGGAUUUUCCUCCCCGGAGAGGUCAGGAAUGUUCCAGAUGUCCGGAACCACCUCCUUUGGGAUGCUGUUGGAGGGGCUUUUCCUGCCAUUAAAAUCCCGUGGGGUUUUUUUCCUGCAAUCCCAAUAAAAUUCUUUCCCUGG